AUGUUCCGACCAAUGCGACUGCUGGCAGCCGCAGCCAUAAUCCUAGUAUUCUUUAUAAUAUUUCAACUUUCGCGUGGUCACAGGGUGCAGAAGCCAGAGUAUGAUAGCGGUCUUGGAAGGGACCCUCUCUUAGAUCCGACACUUGAGCCACCAGAGCCUCUUCAACGCGUCCGAGGAAAUAACUACAGCCCGACCAAUCCUAACUCAGAUCGCAUCAAUGCCACGCUUCUAUCACUCGUCAGAAACAGCGAACUGGAGGACAUCAUCACUAGUAUGAAAGAUCUGGAGCGCACAUGGAACCACAAGUUCAACUAUCCCUGGACCUUCUUCAACGACGAGCCCUUCACAGAGGAAUUCAUCGCGAAAACGUCCGCGCAAACGAAAGCAGCAUGCAGAUAUGAGCUGAUACCGAAAGAGCACUGGGACAUACCGGCUUGGAUCGAUAAUGGUUUAAUGCAGGAGAGUCAACAAAUAUUGAAGGACGCCAACAUCGCAUAUGCAGAUAUGAAGUCCUACCAUCAGAUGUGCAGAUGGAACAGCGGCAUGUUCUACCGACAUCCGGCAUUGAAAGAUAUGCAAUACUAUUGGCGAGUAGAACCGCACGUCAACUUCUUCUGCGACGUUGAUUACGAUGUCUUCCGCUACAUGCACGACCAUAACAAGACAUACGGUUUCACAGUCAACAUCUACGAUUCGGCGCUUUCAGUCGCUACUUUGUGGCCAGAGACAGAGGCAUUUCUGGCAGACAACAAGCAAUUUCUACAUAAGAACAAUGCUAUGGACUGGUUGACAGACGGGAAGCGUCGGCCGGAUCACAAGGAGCUGGCUCACGGCUACAGCACAUGUCAUUUCUGGUCCAACUUUGAGAUCGCCAACCUCGAUUUCUGGCGCUCACCUGCUUACGAAGCCUACUUCGAGCACCUGGAUCGCGCCGGCGGAUUCUUUUACGAGCGCUGGGGUGAUGCGCCUGUGCACUCCAUCGCACUCGGACUGUUUGAGGACAAGAGUAAGAUUCACUGGUUCAAGGACAUCGGAUACCGCCACAUCCCCUACUUCAAUUGCCCAAACUCGCCAAAGUGCAGCGGUUGCGACGCGGGCAAGUUCUUUGAGGGCGCCGACUUUUUGGUCCUGGAGGACUGCCGGCCGAAUUGGUUCAAGUUUGUGGGUAAUGAAUGGGCCGGGGAUGCGUGA